AUCGUUGCUGUCGUUGUAUCAGACGUGAACGACAACCCUCCUCAUAUUUACGGCUUGCCUGAUUCUCUCUCCAUCGAAGACAGCACCCCGGUUGGAUCCGAGCUGCUGAAAAAUGUGGUUUUGAGAGAUGAUGACACCGGUAAUAAUUCUGUUCUAACUUUCCAACUAAUUUAUCCGGACAAUCGCGACUUGUUACUUUACGUUGAGAACAAGCAAGCAAUAGAAUCAAAGUCGUUGUUUAAAAAUCUGCUGGGAAGUUAUAAAUUCUCUUUCAUUGUAACUGACAACGGACUGCCUGCUCUAUCGACUACUGUUAACUUUACUUUAAAAAUUAUCAAAACCAACCAAUUCGCACCGGUCUUCAACAGCACAACAGAUUACAUUUUUAACGUGAGCGAAACAAAUGUCAUUGGAUCUGCCAUAGGAAAAGUAUCAGCUUGGGAUGCAGAUGAUUCUAAUGAAAAAAUAACUUACACAAUUAAAACAUCUACCAAUUUUGAAUAUGCCCCGUUCACUGUGAACGCGAGUAAUGGUCUUUUAACUAAUUUGGUUGCAAUGGUCGCAACUAGUGACCACACGUGUUAUAAAUUUGAAAUCACUGCCUCUGACGAUGGGGUGCCCCCAACAGGGCAACUGUCUAGCUCUCUCAAUGUCUGGGUUAACGUUUUGGACCUGAAUGAUCAUCAGCCAGUGUUUACACAAUCGAGCUAUACUGUUAAAAUAGCCGAAGACGUUGCUUUUAACACAACGCUGCUCGUCGCACAGACAUCUGACUUGGAUUUCGGAAUUAAUGCCGAAAUUAAAAACUUUUAUUUUAAUAUUAUUACUCCUUGUAAUUUAACAUCUAGCAACGAUCUUUUCAAACUUGAACCUGAUCUAGCAAACAAGAGAGUUAGCUUACUCAAUGCAGCUCAGCUUGAUAGAGAAUCUAUCGAAAGCUACGUGAUUGAACUGAAAGCUGUUGAUUCUGGAGUGCCUGCACUUGAAUCAACAGCCAACGUAACAAUAAUAGUAACCGAUGUGAACGACUGCAUACCUCACUUCAUGGAUACAACAGCUAAUAUAACCGUUCCAAGAAGAACGCCUGUUAAUUUUGUUUUGUUCACCUUUCGAGCUCAGGAUUGUGAUCUCAAUCGUUAG